AUAACUGAAGAGGAGGAGGAGAAGGCUGCAGAUAGGCUGCUAUUCAGCUUUCUUGUGCUGGUAACAAAGCUAAUCACAGAGUGCAACUUGAUUCAGUUAAACAAGAACAGGGACGUUGUGAGCAAUAUCUGGGGUCAUAUCCAGUCUCACUUGUGGUAUCCUCACAGCUGGGUCUGGCUGACAGCUACUGAAAUCUUUGGCUUGUUGUUUGCAUCUUACAAGCCAGAAGAUCUUGUCAACAAGUGGAGGGAAAGAAAGGCAGGGAAGAGGAAAAAGAUGUCAGCAGAGCUGUCUGCAUCCACAGUCUUCUUGACUGCUGAACUGGACAAAAAGAUGAAGGAACUCGUGUUUGCAUUCUGCCAUCAGCUGCAGUCCAAGUUCCUGGACGUGGCCCUGGGAGAGCAGGUUAUAAAGAACUUGCUUUUUGUGGCAAAAGUUGUUUACUUGCUAGCCCCUGCCUCAGAAGAUAAAGAGGCUGAAGCAGAACUGGGCUGUGAAGUGGAAGAGCAGGAGGCCUCAGAAGAUGAGGAAGAGAAAGACAUUUCUGCUCAAGGAGAGGGAGGAAAAGAGGACACAGAAGAGAAAGGCCAGCCAGCCACAUUGCUAUGGUUAAUGAAGAAGCUCUCUCUCAUGGCAAAGCGAGAAGCAGCAUAUUCCCCUAAGGUCCCUUUAAAGAGAAGCUGCAUCUUUAAGUUCCUGGGAGCAAUCUCAGUGGAUCUGGGGAAGGAGAGGAUCGAGCCGUACCUUCCAACAAUUCUCACCCCUCUGUACAGGGAGCUGAACAGCACCUAUGCAGAGCAAGAUCCAACACUGAAGAACCUUUCCCAAGAAAUCAUAGAACUGCUCAAGAAGUUAGUUGGACUGGAGGCUUUCUCGCUUGCCUUUUCUUCUGUGCAGAAACAGGCCAAUCAGAAAAGAGCGAUGAGGAAAAAGCAGAGGGCUUUGCAGACUGUAGCGAACCCCGACAUUGCUGCAAGAAGGAAGCUGAAGAGACAUAAAAAUAAAGCAGAAACCAGGAAGAGAAAAAUAGAAUUCCUGCGCCCUACCUACAAGGCCAAGAGACCUCGAAGUCAUGCACUGAAAGAUUUAGCAAUGGUGGAAUAAAAAGGCUUUUCCUUCCUGGAGGAUUAAUUUAUAAAAAGUAAUUUCAAGCUGAAGAACUAAUUACUGGGUUUUUUUUUAAAAAAAAAAAAGUAUUUACAUAUUUUAAUUGUAUUUAUUCGUAUUUUUCAUGCCCUCUUUUCCAUCCAGGAUCUUAAAUAAAAGCUUUUCAAUUUUUUUCCAAACAUGGAUAUUUACCAGAGCAUGUACAGUUGAAUGGACAACCACCAGGAUUUUUUAUAUUAAAUUUUACUUAAUUUUUAAAA